UGCUGUUUCUAGUUUUUACUAUUUCUUAGAAAAAAUGGACAACACGAAGUUUGACGAGUCCACACAAAAAGAGCUGCAAACCUUCUUAGACAGGGAGCAGGCUCAGGCUCGUCUUCAUUCUUCCAUCCACAAUCUCACAAGCAUGUGCUGGGACAAGUGCAUAACUAGCACACCCGGCAACUAUUUUGCACGAGGCGAGGAAAGCUGCUUGGCAAAUUGCGUGGAGAGGUUUUUGGACACCAGCCUGUUCAUGGUCAAAGUCAUUGAACAACAACGUCAAAGUAUAGGACAAUAGUCAGCUCCCUGUUACUAUUUGCUUCUCCCACCUGCUUUCGAUGAAAAUGAACGUUCGCUCUUCCUGAAACGUAUCGACUAUCGUCAAGUUGGUCUUUCCCCCUCAGGCUGCAGUUUAUAUCGCACUGCUAUCACUCGCGUUGAAGCUAGUUUACUUGUAUAGAGGAAACACUCUCCUAAUACAUGCGUACCCUCGCUCGCUCGCAAUUGAGGUGUCAUUUAAGACAACGUCGUGAUACGGUUUUCGAAACUUCCGUGCUGUUUCAUAUUGUUGUCAAAAUUCCAGUUUGCGGAACUCUAGUCAAUUCAUUGUAUAACAAAAAAUAGCGCCAUGCAGC